GGUCAUAUCCGUUCACCGAUGCCAAACAACGAAACAAAAAUGCAAGAGGCUAAAAAUAAAUCUUUAAUCGACCCGUGGAGCUGUUUGAGUUCGUGAUAAGUGGACUUUUAACACUUUUACCGAGUGGUAUGUAACUGAAGUGAAUGUAAAAAAUGCCGAAUGAUGAGAAGUCGCUGCUUUCGGGUUUCAUAUUGACCGUUUGUGUUGUGUUCUCCUGUAGCCGAGGGAAAUAUUAGCAUCAACGUUGCUUCAUGUAAAAUGAUGAAUUUGUAACAUUUAUCGACUGCGGACGGAGCAGAAUGAAAAAUGAUGAGAUGUUAUUGCGAUAUGACAUAUUUAAGGAUGCGUCUCGAUAUUUAUUUAACAAAUGUUUUACUAUAUUCUGUGAUUUCACUGUUUGCGUGAGAAUUGUUUAUGCUGCAGAUACGGUUUUCCAGGUCAAAUGAGGCUAGCACAGCCCCAUUAUACCUCGGUUUCCUUUCCCCCCCGUUUGUCGUGCAGCUCUGUAACAACUCCCUACUGUCAUGAAGACUGUUUGGAUGGAGCUGUGUAAGAGUUUAUACCGGAUUUUUCUGUUUUCCACCCGAAGAAUCAUCUCCUCGCUGACCACAACACUGGCUGUUCUGACUGACCCCUGACCAGAAAGACCACAACGGACUGGGAGAUUAUUUAAGAUAUAAUUAAUACAGACUAUAACCUUACUAACUCGUCUUUCUUCUCCUCCUGCUUCUACUCCCCCUCUUCCCCCACUCCAAAAAAAACCUCUUAUUUUAUUUUCCUUAACUUUUUUUCUUGAUUAUAGUUGUAAAGAUGGUCAUAGUUUAUAUAAAAGACAUGUAGCAGCCACCAAGAAAUCAGUACUUAUUAAUUCUUAAACUGGGAAACUCUUAAAUGUUUGCUUUUGAUUUAAUUUGCUUAGUUUUUGUGUACUGAUCCCAGUCACAUUCACUUUGUAUGGUGUAUAAUCUGUGGGUGUACGGCUGUUAUGCAGAAAAAUCUGAAAAACACGCUCCAGUUAUGACACAUGAUCCAAUACAAAGAUGCUUCUUUUCCAGCAUCACCCACAAAAUCAUUCCUGUGUACAUUCAAAUCACAUGCUAAUGGUUACACAUUGAGGAAUGACAAGCCCCUGUUUAAUCAUGCAAAUAGAUAAAUAGUAAAUAGUAAAUAUGGUCUCUACUUAUGAUUUUUUUUGCUUGCACAAUAAAAAUGAUGUCUUCACACAGGAAAGUCGGGUUGUUGGAAACUCUUAAAUCAGAUACAUGUGUGUUAAAACCCAGAAAAAUAUUUAGAAUAGAAUAAAAAUAUAUUUAAUUUUUAUUUUAAAUUUCCACAAUGGGGCAAUUUCUGCCCAACUGCAGAAAAGUCGCAGGCAAUAACAACAAAUAGGCUCAUGCAAAGAUAAAUUAUGAAAACAAAAUAAAUAAUAAAAAUACUGUUCAGUAAGGGCAAAAUUUUGACAUAUUUGUCUUAUUUUAUUUACUUUCUAUUGUCUGAAAUAAAUAAAAUGGCAAAAUAUUGACAAUCACACAAUUAUGCAUCAUAUUGUUUUACUUCUCAUUAAUUAAAAAAACGUGCCAUUAAAAAAGGAGAAGCAAAUGUUUUAUCCAUGCAUUUGUUGAGAUUAACAUAUUUUAAAAUGCAACCAUUGUACUCUAGGCUCCAGGUCUUUAUUAGACGCAUUACCAGCCAGUAAGCUCUGUUACAGAUCGUUUGAGUUUUAGGACUUGUCAAGACAAAUAUAUAAUUUUAUUCUCUUAAAACUGAUUGCAUCAUAAAAAUUAUGGUCAUUGUAGUAAACCAGAAGGCUCCAACAGAUACAGCCAUCUAAAAUGAAAAAGCUGUGGCUAAAAGACUUUUUUAGUUGCUUAAGCAAAUACACCAAAAUCAAAACAAACAAAUUCUAGGGAUAUAUUAAUUCCAGUGACAGUGUUUCCUCUAUUCAUUCUUAAAUAACAGAAACUUUGGCCUUUUAUUCUUUGUCACUUAUGAACACCUGAAUUUUUUAAGACAUCUGCCUAGCUAACAGAAGAGUUGGCUAAUGGGCAGGGAACUUCCAAUUGUUGGAUUUCAUUCAUCCACCAAGCUAAAGUCUAGCCCCAGUCUCUAACCCCAUUCUCUGUUCCUUUAAACUUUUCAGCUUUUCUUUGCUUUUGUAGAAUUGCAGCCCGUGUUGUGCUCCUGGGCACCGAAGAAGCCCCCAUGUUGGCGGGCUUCCCGGGAGCUUGCCACUGCCCAGAGGGCAGGCUCCAUCUUUCCAGUUGGGUCAGCUGGAUCUAUGAACAAUGUCCUCCUGGUCUGCGGCUGUCCUGUGACCUGAACGACAAACUCCCAACGCACCUGCUCUGAACUUAAAACCACCUUCGCCGACUGCUGCGCGCAUCGGUCUCCUGAAUUUUCUGAAGACCGCUGACACCAUGUCUCAUCCCGUCUAUAAUCCUUUCAACCCUGGUAAGAGGAUUCGACCCCAAGGACCAUAUGUACAGCCUGCUGGACAAAUGGAGAUGAACCCUCUGAGGCCACCACCUCACCCUUGCGCUGGUUCCAAUUCCAGCUCUUCUGGAUCUACUGCCAUCAACUGUGGACCAUCUGGAGGACCUAUCCCGUCCCUUCUAAGUUUGCCAAUAAACUACAGACCUGAGAGAAGUACGGUACCAGUAGACAAGGACAUAGACCAAUGUUUGGAAUUGAACAUCAGCAGAGCCAGGGAGGAGGCUAUGCAAAAUUCUGCAAGCCAAAACACCCAAUUUACCAAUGUUCAAAGAGACACGUUUCCAUCCACAAACACUGGGAUGCAGUCAUAUUUGGCACCUCCUGCUGCUCAAGUGAACAGCCCCUUCACUGCCGAGAGAAACGGCACCUCCUUGAACUGGACCUCAGUGGAAGAGUCGUCAAAAAUGUAUCCUUCUGCUCCACCCACCUUCCUAGGCAGUGGUGAAGGUGGGAAGCAGUCCUUUGUUGGUUUGGGUAAUUAUGACACUUGUAUGUCUGACAAAUCUGCGCCUCCUUGGGAGUCCAUUCACUCCACAUACACUUCAGAAUCGGCCACGGACAUCCUCCAGCAGUUUGGGCUUCUGAGGGAAGACCUUCACUGCCUAACGUCAUACCCUGAACACCAGAUCACCCCUGACAACCUGCCUUUCAUCUUAAGGCAAAUCCGCCUGGAGAAGGAGACGAGAGCGCCAACUUCAGUUCACUCAACAUCCUACAAUGAAGCUCAACCCAUGAGGAGUAUGGGUGAAAUGGACGAGUUGAUUACCUCCAGAGGGCCAGUGUUGGAUCCAGAUCAAGUAACUUUGACGGUCGUCAAACAAAGCAAAGUGAUUGACUAUGGACAUUCCUCAAAAUCAGAGUUGUCCUCUUUCGGACAACUGAACAAGGACACAGAUUUAAGACAACUCAUGCCUGAAGUUCCACCCAAGAACCCAGGACCAGCUCACCAGGCAGCCUCUGAAACCCAGCUGUCCAAACCACCCUCGAAUUUGAUUCGCGGAGUUCAUCCUGGGCGCCCUGGGCUCGUGCUUAUUGGCAGCAAUGUCCAGAGUCACGAUGACAAUCAGCGCAAAUCUACAGGGCAAGCCUCAAAAGCUCCUGAUUUGGAGAUGAAGAAUAAGACCAAGGGUGGACCGAAGCAACGGCUCCAGAGGCACCAGGGACCUCCACAGUCUGCGACAAAGCCACCACCACUUCUACAACACAUGCAUCCUGCUCCACCUAAUCCAGGGCCAAGCACGAUGGAUGCCAUGACUCGUGCUGGGCCACCAAACCAUCUGCCGCCGCUAGCCCUGAUGGAAGACUGCUCUGCAGCAAUACCAAGACUUUUUCCUCAUACCUGUUCUCUUUGUAUUAAACAAUGUACCAAUUUGAAGGACUGGCUCUCCCACCAGAAUACUGGUCUUCAUCUUGAGAACACCACACUGCUAAGGAACAGAUACCCUGAGUGGGACGGGAGGACUCCAGAGUUUUUGAGUGCUUCGACUUUAGAUUUCCAUCCUAAACACGCAACUCCUGGCCAUAAUUUGCAGAACCGCCAACAGACAUCGUUUCAAAAGAACGUAUCGCGUUUGCCUGCUCCUCACCGCCGACGUGGGUCAGAGGACAGAAAGGAAAAACGGGACAGAAGAUUUAGCCCCGCAAGAUCUCAGAGUCCACUCCACCAUCAUGGCUCUGAAAGUAGAAGAGAGAGGCGGAGAAGCAGAUCACGGUCGCCGCACACCUCCAAACACACUUACAGGCCCCGCUCUGAUUCUUAUGAUCGCCAAACUUCGUCACACUACCGCUCACGUUCAAGAAGUUGCGACAGACUGUCCUCUCCCAGGAGGAGGGAAGCCAAGCGGUCGUCACCAAGGAGAAGCUACGAGCGCCGAUCGUCUCCAAGAAGAAGCGACGAGAGACGCUCGUCACCGAGGAGAAGCCAUGAAAGGCGGUCAUCAGGAGAGAGAUCAGCGUCAGGGCACAGGAGGUCCAGAAGUGCCGACAGGCUGGCUAAAAGAAUCCUGGGGAAAAAAAGCUGUUCAGUCUCUGUCCAAACAGUCCGACCUGGAGGCCAUGGUUAAAACUCUGGCUCCCGUUUUACUGGCUGAGCUGGUGAAUUUAAAAUCCUCCGCUGCCUCGUCAUCCUCAAAGACGGAGAAGAAGACUUCUUCUCAUAAA